CUGACUAUCUCAUCUUCGGCGUCAACAACAUUAUAAAUAAGGAUCUCCCCUGCACACGAGAGCCUCAGAGUCACCCUGGCCAGUUUAACGCAGACCUAAACAUGGCGGCCUCUCACUACAUCACUUUAAAUGACGGUCAACAGAUUCCCCGUAUCGCGUAUGGCAGCGGUACGGCCUGGUUCCAGGCCACGGGACCAGACGGCGUUUCUUCUGAGCUGGUCGAGGCUACCAGUGCGGCCAUCAGCAUUGGCUUUAACCACCUCGAUGCAGCCAAAGUGUAUGGCAAUGAGCGAAGCACUGGAGUGGCGAUAUCCAAGUGCGGCCUGCCACGGGAGAAGCUGUUCAUUACUACUAAGAUUAUAUCGGGUCUAUCGUCGGUGAAGGAGACUUUGAAAGAACAAUUGCGGGACCUCCAAGUGGAAUAUGUGGAUCUGUAUUUGAUCCAUUCUCCCAUGUUCACCAAGGAGGCCGGCGAGCCGACUCUUGCGGAGGCUUGGAAGAAGAUGGAAGAAGUGCACGCAGAGGGACUGGCGAAGAGCAUCGGCGUCAGCAAUUACCGAAUCUCAGACCUGCAGGAAAUACUCAAGUCGGCUAAAGUCAAGCCGACAGUCAACCAGAUCGAGUUCCAUCCAUACGUGUGGAAAGAAGCUGAGCCACUGUUGAAAUUCAUGAAGGAGGAAGCGAUCGUACUAGCGGCGUAUGGACCUCAAGUGCCGGUUGUAAAACUACCAGGAGGUAAGGUGGACCCGAUCAUCGAACGAAUAUCCUCCGAACGCAAGAUUUCGACGGGCGAAGUGCUCCUGAAGUGGGCCAAAGCUCAUGGCGCAAUCGUGGUGACCACUAGCUCGAAAGCGGCCCGGAUGAAGUCGAUGCUCGAGACCGUCCUCGACGACAAGUCGGAUCUCUCUCCGGCAGAGGUUCAGGAACUUAAUGAGGCUGGAAUCGAAAACGGCGUUCAGCGUAUCUUCAUGAAACACAUGAGCGAUUAGACAAGCCUCCCCACCUCUAAACUCUACCCCAAAGUAUCUGUGCAAUCUAGAGUGCACACUUUACCGGCUGCCAUUGGUUAAGGUGACGUUUCCAGUUGAAAAUAAUCCUGCAGAAUCUUUGCUAUAGUACAAAUGUAAAAUUAAAACAUGUGGUGAAUGUAAUUCACAUCUCGUUUUGUUGUGUGUUUAUCUAAAAACGUCUUAUCCUAUUUUGUCCAGCUCGUGAAUGCCCGUUUGUGCUUGAUUUAUUUGUAAUUUUCAACGGGACACUGACCUCCACAUGCUUUGUAGUUUUUUUCCACGUGAUGCUCUAUAUAAGAAUGAUGCUGACACAGACAACAAAAUUAUUGUAUCAUCGUUGUUUUCAAACAAAGUCUUUUUUUAACUCAAAUCAAUCUUGGGUUAGUGAGGGGUAGCCCCAGGCCAAUCGAAGUCCAAGAUCCACGAGUUCUACCGGUCAAAGACAGGCUCCAGUCCAAUCAAUCCGAGCAAAUCUGUGCAUAUUCAUCAAGUAGCA